GUCACCGAGCAGCUGGCGGCGCUGGUGCGCGCGCUCUGGACCCGCGAGUACACGCCCCAACUUUCCGCAGAGUUCAAGAAUGCUGUUUCCAAGUAUGGCUCCCAGUUCCAAGGCAAUUCCCAACACGAUGCCCUGGAAUUCCUGCUCUGGUUACUGGACCGUGUCCACGAGGACUUGGAGGGCUCUUCCCGAGGGCUGGUGUCUGAGAAGCUGUUGCCUGAAGCCAGGAAAACCCCUGAGAACCUUCAGUCCUCAUCAGCUCAGCUUUCUCUAGGUCAGAGCUUUGUACAAAGCCACUUUCAAGCACAAUACAGAUCUUCCUUGACAUGUCCCCACUGCCUGAAACAGAGCAACACCUUUGACCCCUUCCUGUGCGUGUCCCUUCCUAUCCCCUUGCGCCAGACAAGAUUCUUGAGUGUCACAUUGGUCUUCCCCUGUAAGAGUCAGCGGUUCCUGCGGGUAGGCCUGGCCGUGCCAAUCCUGAGCACAGUGGCGGCCCUGAGGAAGAUGGCCGCGAAGGAAGGCGGAGUCCCUGCAGAUGAGGUCAUCUUAGUUGAACUGUAUCCCAAUGGACUCCAGCGGUCUUUCUUUGAUGAAGAGGACUUGAAUACCAUAGCAGAGGGAGAUAAUGUGUAUGCCUUCCAAGUCCCUCCAUCUCCCAGCCUGGGAACACUCUCAGCUCAUGCACCGGGUCUGCCUGUGUCCCCGUGCUUGGCGGCCCGAGAGGGUCAGCGAUUCUCCGUGCCUCUCCACAGUGAGAACAAAGUGCUCAUCCUCUUCUGCAACCUGGUGGGGUCAGGCCAGCAGGCCAGCAGAUUUGGGCCGCCUUUCCUGAUAAGGGAAGACAGAACCAUUUCCUGGGCCCAGCUCCAGCAGUGUAUCCUCAGUGAGGUCCGCUAUCUCAUGAGGAUUGAGGCUCCUGCCCAGAACCAGGGGUCUCUAUUCUCCAUCCGGGUUGUGGGGCUGUCCCUGGCCUGCAGCUACUUGUCCCCACAGGAUAGUCGGCCCCUCUGUCACUGGGCAGUGGACAGGGCUUUGCACCUCAGGAGGCCCGGAGGCCCACCCCAUGUCAAGCUGGCCGUGGAGUGGGACUGUGCCACCAAGGAGUGCCUGUUUGGGAGCCUCCAGGAGGAGCGGGUCCCUGACGCAGACAGUGUGUGGCGGCAGCAGCAGGCACACCAGCAGCACAGCUGUACCCUGGAUGAGUGCUUUCAGUUCUACACCAAGGAGGAGCAGCUGGCCCAGGAUGACGCGUGGAAGUGCCCCCACUGCAAGGUCCUCCAGCAGGGCGUGGUGAAGCUGAGCCUGUGGACACUUCCUGACAUCCUCAUCAUCCACCUCAAAAGGUUCUGUCAGGUUGGGGAGAGAAGGAACAAGCUGUCCACACUCAUCAAGUUUCCACUCUCGGGACUCGACAUGGCUCCCCACGUGUCUCAGAGGAGCACCAGCUGCAAGCCAGGGCCGGGUUCCUGGCCCUCCUGGAAGCAGCCAGCCAGCCUGCCCACCGCCUACCCGCUGGACUUCCUGUACGACUUGUACGCCGUCUGCAACCACCAUGGCAGCCUGCAAGGUGGGCAUUACACAGCUUACUGCCGGAACUCUCUGGAUGGCCAGUGGUACAGCUACGAUGACAGCACAGUGGAACCGAUCCGGGAAGAUGAGGUCAACACCAGAGGGGCAUACAUCCUAUUUUAUCAGAAGCGGAACAGUAUCCCUCCGUGGUCGGCCAGCAGCUCCAUGAGAGGCUCCACCAGCUCCUCCUUGUCUGACCACUGGCUCAUGAGGCUUGGGAGCAAUGGGGGAAACAGCACCCGAGGCAGCCUGCUCUCCUGGAGCUCUGCCCCCUGCCCCUCACUCGCCCGGGUACCCGACUCUCCUCUCUCCACAGACAGCCUCUGCCACCAGGAGAAGGGAGGGUUGGAGCCCAGGCCUCUGGUUCGGAGUGCCUGCCGCAGAAGCAUUAGCAUGAAGGCGCCCACUGCACCUGGAGCCAGGCAGGGGCCCUUCAAGACCAUGCCCCUCCGGUGGUCCUUUGGGCACAGGGAGAAGAGACCCGGUGCAACUGUGGAGUUGGUGGAGUACCUGGAGUCCAGACGCAGACCUCGUCGGUCCACUAGCCAGUCUAUCGUGCCGCUGCUGACCGGCUCUGCCGGUGGGGAUGAGAAGUCAGCGUCUCUCAGGUCAAACAGCACACUCUCUGGUGAAGACAGUGGCCAAGCUAAUGGCAGGGGACCAGUCAGGGUGCCCUGUCCUUCAGGCCCCCCAAACCACUACCCGGCCGCUGGAAACUCUGGUGUUCUGAACAUAACCAGGACAUGGAAGGAAAAUGCAAGUCAGGAUAUCAGGCUUCCCAAAAAGUUUGACCUGCCCCUCACUGUGAUGCCCUCCCUUGGGAAUGAGAAGCCAGCCCGCCCAGAGGGCCAGAAGACCGCCGGCUGGAAGGGAAGCCAGAGCAGCCCACCGUCCCCCUCCGCAGGUUUGUCUAGAAAUUGUCAGGACAGCGACCAAGGUACCUUACCCAAAGUGAGGGCUGCGGUGGAGGACAGGGCCUCUGAGAGGGACAGACUUCCACAGGGGACAUUCACCCUGCUGAGGUCUGUGUUUUUGAAGAAGGAGAACAGGAAGCCGGACAGGGCCCCGGGCUCCCUGGGGAGUGGCCAGCUGAGUCCCUCCGCGGACAAACACGCUCCAGGCUCAUCUCCUGCACUCAAGAUUCCCGAGGGCCUGGCCAGGGGCCUGGGCAGCCACCUCGACAGGGAUGUCCGGUCUGCGCCCAGCUCCCUCCACCUCUCCCGCAAGGCCGGCAGGCCCCCAAGACCCAGUGCCGCGGGCUUCUCACAGAAAAGUGUUCCGGGGGAGAAAACUUCAUAUGGCACCUUGCAGAGGGUAAAAUACCACACUCUUUCCUUAGGGCGAAAGAAAACCUUACCCGAGUCCAGCUUCUGAUGGAGCAUUUCAGUACUGUGUGACGUGGAAGGGAUGGGAAUUUGUAUUGAGUGGCUGUGGGCAGUCUGUGUUCAGAGUGAAUUUUCAGGAAUCUGACCAGCUGUCUUGUAAUCUGUGAAAAAAAAGUUUUUGAUCUUUAUAACUGGAUUCUGAGCCCCUCCUGUCCCAAUAACAACAUCCAAAUACUGUACUUACCUUGUAUUGUUGGAUGCUUUGAUAUAGCCUUGCCACUAGAGGGCGAUGUUGGACCAACAUUACUAUUUCUAGGCAAGAACUGAAUAGCAUUGUGGUCUGAGUGCCCGUGCUAAAAGAAACCAGUGUCAUGUCGAAUAUUGUCACUAGCUUCUCCUUUUUCUUUCUUUGUUUUUAAAUAGUGGACUUACAAGGAAAAUCUUUUCCUUUUAGUGCUCCUGUGCAUAAUUGUAAAAGAUGCCAAAACAAAACCAGAGACAAUAAAAGACAAAAGUGAUUGUUAUGGUAAGAGAAGGUUCUAGGAGAGAUGGAAGAGAAAUGGUUGCUAUUUUAGGAGAGUAUUUAAUAUAUAACAAAGUUACUAUUAAGCUUUAACAAGGUAUUUUAAAAAGAUAGCUAUUUUGAUACCAGAGGAAAACAAGAAGUUUUUAAAAACUAUACGUAUGAGAUC